GAGAGGGAGAGAGAGCAUGACACAGAGAGAGGUUGAAAGAGAGUGUCGCAAAAAGACAGAGAGCGCAUGUCACAAAGAGAGAGAGAGAGAGAGAGCGUAGGGGCUUCCUCUCUUGCUACGGUUCACUGGUCUGAGUCUGUGUUUCACCUUCCAGCCCUGCAUAUAAAGGCCUGAGGUGGAGGGAGACCCCACUAUACAGAGAGUGAUUCACCCCAGCAUGAGCAGCAGCAGGGGACAGAGAGUGUGGGGUUAAAACAUGCCCAGCCUAAUCAUCACAGAGACACUGAUACAAACACAGCACUUCAAUAUGGAGCAGGAUGACAGGAGGAGGAACAAGAACUUGGGAAAGAACUUUAUGUGCCGACUGCAAUGCAUGUUCUCACAUUCACCCACCUCUGAGAGGCUAAGUUUAGAAGAUACCCAACAAUGGUCUCAGUCACUGGAGAGACUCCUCGAGUCUAAAUAUGGACUGGCGACCUUCAGAACCUUUCUGAAGUCUGAAUUCAGCGAUGAGAACAUUGAGUUCUGGCUGACGUGUGAGGAGUACAAGAAAAUCAAGUCUUCAUUCAGAAUGUCAUCGAAGGCCAAAAAAAUCUAUGAGCAUUUCAUAAAGGCUGAGGCUCCUAAAGAGAUAAACAUUGACUACCACACGAGGGAGCAGAUCAAGAGGGCCGUGAAGAAUCCUACACUCCAGUGCUUUGACGAUGCCCAGAAGAUUGUCUAUGGGCUGAUGGAGAGAGACUCGUACCCUCGCUUCCUGCGCUCAGACAUUUACCGAUCCCUCCUGGAUUCCCUCGCCGCUGACGCCGUCAAGGGCUAAUAGGAGCGGACUAGACGACAGGAGAACAUGACAACAGAAACUGGAAUGUUUGGGAUUCUACAGGAUGGAAGGCUGACCAAGCAUAGAGAGACUGACAGGCCUGUGUCCCUACGAAUCGUGGUCGCCACAACACAAGACCACACCCUAAAACACUGCAAGUGGGAUUCGCACAGAGAAAAAGAAAGACAGAAAGACAGAAGGAAAGGCAGAGAGGAUAUGAGGAAUGCUACAGCGCUGCGAUCGCACUGGAUGCUGCUGUCUUAUCUAUAACUCUGGGAGUGACAUCAUAUCAUAGGUGAUUAGAUCGUAUUUGACAGUGAAUGAAUCACAGAGUGAAUGACGAUCAAACUGAAACACAACGUCAGCAACCAUGCAGUCCCCACUCAACCGGAGUUGCUUCCUGUCCUAAAAAGAUGGUGAAGAGAGUGUAUGUGUGUUUGUGUGUGUGUUUGUCUGUGUAUGUGCGCAACAGGAUGCCUAUGAUAGUGUGAUAAGAUAGGAGAUGCAAGGUGGACUUUCACUAGCAAUACUAAAGUAUGUGGUCUGGAGUGAAACAAAGGAGAGAGCACGCACACAAUGGAUACUGGCCCAAAAUACUAUACUGUCCUUAAUAAUAUUCACAUUUCGUCUCUAAAUUCAAACCAGUUUUUCGAAAGGCGGUUGAAUCUUUAGAUUUGCAAGGCAGUUAAAGACUUCUUACACUGUCUAUCAUUGAAUAAUUACCCAUUUGGAAGUAGAGGUUAAGUUGUCUGAGUGCAAUUGUAGACAGAAGGGUGGCCUAUGUCCCACUUUGUUUAAUUGAACUUUGAACUCCUACUUCUCUGAUGCUGAAUAUUUUUUGAUUGCUUACAAAGAAAGCACAAUACAAUGUUGAUAAAUUAAGAUUAGAAUGUUGUACUAUUUAUUACACAGUCACUGUUGGGAUGCUGACUUUUGCAAUGCUUAUAAAAAAUGUUCACGAUUAGAUUAUUAAAUUACAUUAAAUUAAAUUAUAAAAUUAUUUGCAGACAAAAUAUUUAUUGUCAAUCACUCUCUUCUGGCUUAUUCUCAAUUAACAACUAAAUUAAAAAACAACAUUUCACUUUGUGGUUGCUCCUGUAUGUGUAAGCCCUUAGAUCGCAAUAUCUACUAGGCUAGCAUAUGGAAUUGAUUUAAGACAGUCAUAAAGUUUAUAAUUUAGCCAUUUGAUUUUGAAUUUUGGACCCCUGUAGACAUACUAUAUAUACAGUACCAGUCAAAGUUUGGACACACCUACUCAUUCCAGGGUUUUUUGUUAUUUUCUUUUACUAUUUUCUACAUUGUAGAAUAAUAGUGAAGACAUCAAAACUAUGAAAUAACACAUAUGGAAUCAUGAUAGAGCUGUUAAGAAGAUAGAGCAACAUUGUAUUAUGGACAUACAGUAGCAGUCAAAAGUUUGAACACACCUACUCAUUCAAGGAUUUUUCUUUAUGUUUACUUUUCUCUUUUUUUACGUCUCUCAGAUAUAGGAAACCUCGAAAUCUUGUCCUUAUGAUCGAUUUUUUGACUGCCUGGUUUUGCCAUGUACAAAUGUGUUAUUCACUGCAUUUCUAUAGGCAAAAAAAACUCAAUCCCAAAAUUUGUGGGACCCAUGUUUGGUCACUUUAUUCGUGACACAGUUUUAUUCGUGGCACAUUUUACCCUCUAUGAACUUUUUGCACAUUUUACAUCCCGGUACUGGUUUACCUUGAGAUGAUUCCCCUGAAUCAUGUGUGUGUCAUAGACCAGAACACCUGGUCUACGAGGUGAAUGUCUCGUUUUGUCAUAUUGGUGACAUAUUAGUUUGUAGCUCCAAAGGUUCAGUCUGGACAGUCGCUUUUGUGAUCUCUUCAAAAUGAAGUGGUCCUCAACAGAGAGUUCAGACGACUGCAGUACAGCUUGUGGAUGCCAAACAACCGACACUGUAGUAUUCGUGAGUCUCAUCUUUCGAUGGUGGUGACUUAUUCGUUUCUGUCUCACACAGUUUGGGUUUUACAGACGAUUUUGUGACAAUUGUCCUGUUCAGGCACAAAGAGGUGAUUGAGCUGCAGCCAUUACAAGAAACGGUGAGUCUCUCACUUGAACACAUGGGGAGCUAUUCAAUAUUCAAAAUGACAUCACCGUAUGAUCCAUGGGAGCAUCAUACGAUUCUCUGGGGUGCUUUAACCCUAAAAGUCUCUAGAUCAUAGCAAAAAUUGUCUUUUCAUUAUUUAUCUGACUUUCAUUUAUCUACAUUAGACUCACUAUGAAUUGUUUUACCAUUUUCUUCUCCGGACAACCAGGGCUACAAGUAAAACACAAAACAUCUUGACAUAAACAAUUGCAUUCAUGUGUUUAAUUGAUAAAUGUAAAUUUAAAAAAAAGGUUCACCAAAGCAAAAAUGUAUUUAUAUGAAUGCUGUAAGUACAAAAAAUAGUAUACUCAUUGGAAAAUGAAUAUCCAACUAGUCAGUGAUAUUUGUGUGACAUUUGGAGUGUGACAGCAACUAUGUGAGCUUAUUAGAGUAUUAUAGACACUAUGUCCUGGGAUUACCUAUGAUCUUCUAUGUAGAAGAACCCCUUACCUUCUUACAACUAUUAUGUAACUUUUCAUAGAUAGCUUUUAAUAGUUUGUAGCUCAAACCGUGUCCUUUUUACUGGGCCCCUUCAGGAUCACCCUUGUCUCACAAACACAGCUCUAGCUCAGUCCCCCUUAAUCACACAGACUAAUGGUUGGUAUCAAUGGAUGCAAAAGAAAUAGAUGAAACCAUUGGUAUAACCUGGAAGUAUGUAACACACAAUGUUUUAAAGGGGUUAGAAGUACAAAACACACAUGGUGGGACUGUAGGAGUUCAAGUUCACAGCUCAGUACAGAUGAAAUGUCUCAAGAUUCCUUAAUUUCUUACUACAAUGUUUAACCAGCGAAACAUAAGUAUAACAUAACCAUUCCAUGAAAAGUGGUAUACAAUUACAAUUGUGUGGCAAUAGUAUUAACAAAUAAAUGACACGUGUUAAAUUUGAUCCCUUGACACACCUUACUCAAAGAUAUACAUGGGAAGUAGUGAGAGGGCAAUGACCACAAAGAAAAUCAUAUGACAGCAUGAUGAGUUUGAGUACACCUGAUGGUCUUGAAUGUACAAAAAUACUUUUUUUCAAUAACAAGAUACGCUACAUUACCAAAACUAUGUGGAAAGCUGCUUGUCGAACAUCUCAUUCCAAAAUCAUCAGCAUUAAUAUGGAUUUGGUCCCCCCUUUGCUGCCUUAACAGCAUCCACUCUUCUGGAAAGGUUUUCCACUCGAUGUUGGAACAAUACUGCAGGGACUUGCUUCCAUUCAGCCACAAGAGCAUUAGUGAGGUCGUCCAUCGGACUGCCAGAUGGUGACGCAUGAUCAUCACUCCAGAGAACACGUUUCACUGCUCCAGAGUCCAAUGGCGGCGAGCUUUAUACCGCUCGAGCCGACGCUUGGCAUUGCACAUGGUGAACUUAGGCUUGUGUGCGGCUGCUCGGCCAUCGAAACCGAUUUCAUGAAGCUCCCAAUGAACAGUUCUUGUGCUGACGUUGCUUCCAGAGGCAGUUUGGAACUUGGUAGUGAGAGUUGUAACUGAAAGCAGACUUGGCAGUCCAUUUCUGUGAGCCUCUGUGGCCUACCACUUUGUGGCUGAGUCGUUGUUGCUCCGAGACCUUUCCACUUCACAAUAGCAGCACUUACAGUUGACUGGGGCACCUCUAGCAGGGCAGAAAUUUGACGAACUGACUUGUUGGAAAGUUGGCAUCCUAUGAUGGUGCCACGUUGAAAGUCACUGAGCUCUUCAGUAAGGCCAUUCUAGUGGCAAUGUUUGUAUAUAGAGAUCGCAUGGCUGUGUGCUUAAUUUUAUAUAACUAUCACCAUGGGUGUGGCUGAAAUAGCCAAAUUCACUCAUUGAAUGGGUGUCCACAUACUUCUGUAAAUAUAGUGUGUAUCUUCAUCAUUGUGGUUAGAUGUUCCUUCAUGCUUUUGCUUUUCAUGCUUUUGUUAUUUAUUUGAAAGACACAUCUGCUGUCUUAUUUCUAAGGUGUUUUUUCUACAUAGUGAAUAACAUAGAAAAGGGAAGGUGUGAGUUUCAGGUUAAUGACAAGGGGGUUUAUGAGAAGUAAUGUGUUAUUACAGUAAAUUGAAAGUUAAAUAAACAAUGUGUGGCAAGAGUCUAUGAUCCUUGAGAUAUUAAGAACCAUGACGUUGCAGACAAAGGUGUUUCAUCAUCUCAAUGACAGUGGG